AGGCUUAAGUUUCCAUAUAAACAUGAAAGCAAUGGUGAUGGAUAAUAAGGUUUUUGUUGUUGUUGCUCUUUCUUUUGCUCUGCUUCUGGGUUUAGCCCAGAGCUUCGAUUACCUUGAAAAGGAUCUGGAGACUGAUGACAGUCUCUGGAACUUGUACGAGAGGUGGAGGAGUCAUCACACGGUUUCUCGAGACAUCUCAGAGAAGCAACAGCGUUUCAAUGUGUUCAAAGAGAAUAUCAAAUACAUUCAUGAAUUCAACAAGAAGGAUCACCCCUACAAGUUGAAGCUAAACAACUUCGCAGACAUGACCAACCAUGAGUUCCGAAGCACCUACGCAGGCUCCAAAUUGAGCCACCACAGCAUGCUGCGAGGGCGUUCUCGUGCGGCCGGUGGCUUCAUGUACGAAAACUUCGAAAACGUCCCUUCUACCAUUGACUGGAGGGCCAAAGGUGCCGUUAACCCUGUCAAGAACCAAGGCCAAUGUGGUAGUUGCUGGGCUUUUUCUACUGUGGUUGGGGUUGAGGGCAUAAACCAAAUCAAAACCAAGAAGCUCGUCUCCCUAUCUGAGCAGGAGCUGGUCGAUUGCAGCAAGGGCGAGAAUGAAGGCUGUAAUGGAGGACUCAUGGAUUACGCAUACGAAUUCGUUAAGUCGAAUGGAGGUCUCACCACAGAGGAGAACUAUCCCUACACAGCCAAAGAUGGGAUUUGUGAUGCAUCAAAGGUAGAUUCUCUAAAAGUGACAAUUGAUGGACAUCAAGAUGUGCCUGCCAACAACGAGGCUGCCCUGAUGAAAGCUGUCGCAAACCAACCUGUAACAGUUUCCAUUGAAGCAAGCGGCAAGGCAUUCCAGUUCUAUUCAGAAGGGGUAUUCACUGGACCUUGCGGAACAGAGCUAGAUCAUGGAGUGGCGAUUGUUGGGUAUGGAACAACUGUUGAUGGAACUAAGUACUGGAUCGUAAGGAACUCAUGGGGAGCCAAGUGGGGAGAGAAAGGUUACAUUAGAAUGCAGCGUGGCAUCCCAGCUAAAGAGGGACUUUGUGGCAUAGCCAUGGAAGCUGUUUAUCCCAUCAAACACUCUUCUGCACAUGUUCCAGAACCGGAAUCACCUCUCAAGGACGAACUCUGAGGAGUCAGGACUCAGGACUGAGCAUAUCAUUUACGUG